AGCAGCCAAGCGGAUUUUGCGGACAGAAUACUUCCGAAUUCUAUUUGCACGAGCCGUCUAGAAGAGACACUUGUCGAAUGAAAAUAGUAGUUUGAGAGAGAAGAGAGGGUAAAAAGUGGCGAAUCGGCGUUCACAGUUGCGGGAACGAACGGGCGAGACAAAGGACCGAGGCUGCAGUCGGGGUUAGGGAGACGCGGUUAAAGCACGCGUUUCGUUUUCCAACAUCCCGCGUGAAGGAGGCUGUGCAUAGUUCCCGAGAGCGGCGCGAGAGAGAGCGCGCGAACGGAUUUCGAAGUAAAGUGAGUGAGAGAGUGAGGUGAGGGACAGCGCGUGAGAGUGCGUGAAGGAGCGAGUAAGAGUGAGUGAGGGCGAGUGCGAGUGAGCGAGGGCGAGUGCGAGUGACGUAAGCAUGUCGAUGACGGUGCAGGAGUACUUGGAUCGCCACAAGCUGUCGCUGCGGAUAGAGGAGGCGGUCAACGCGGCCGUGCGGGCCAAGACAGAUGAACCCGUCGCAUUCAUUGCACGCCAUUUACAACGCCUAGCCCCGUCAACCAUUCUGAGCGUGAAGGGGCGCAUGGUGCUGGAUGCGCGGGGCGAGCCCACACUGGAGGCGGAGGUGUGCUCGCACAGAGGGAAGUUCCGCGCCUCCGUUCCCACCGGCGUUACAUCUGGCAUCUACGAGGCAGUGGAGGUGCGGGAUGGGGAGGAGGGAGUGUAUUUUGGCAAGGGGCUGCAGAGGGCGGUGGCCAACGUGAAUCAGGCGAUUGCAGCAGCCGUGGUGGGGAGGGACCCGCGGGAGCAAGGGGAGAUGGAUAGGCUCAUGGCAGCUGAGCUGGAUCAGACGGACAACAAGGGGGAGCUGGGAGCCAAUGCCAUUCUCGCCGUGUCUCUGGCAGUGUGCCGGGCAGGGGCGGCAGAGGGAGAGGUGCCAGUGCACGAGUACAUCGCAUCCCUGGCAGCCGUCCCCCACCCCUCUCUCCCCGUGCCAGAGUUUGCCCUCCUCUCCGGUGUCCUCACGCCCCCCUCCGCCGCGUCACCUCCCUUCCAUUCCCUCUCCGUCCUGCCAGUGGGAGCAACCACCUUCUCUGAGGCAGUGCGGAUUGGAGCAGAGGUGCAGCACUGCCUGCAGGCAAUAGCAGCGGAGCGGUUUGGGGCAGCAGCAGCGCUCACGACCGAUGAUGGCAGCCUGGGGCUUCCGCUUGGCAGCAUAAGGGAGGGUCUGCAGCUGCUGACGUCAGCAGUAGCAAAGGCAGGGCAUGCGGACAAAGUGAAGAUCAGCAUUCAUGCUGCCCUGGGGGGAUGUGUGACAGACGAGGGCCACUAUGACUUGGGCAUGCAGCAGCAGCGUCAGCUGGAUGGCAGUGCUGACAUCAGCAUGACAUCAGCCAGCACUGGGAGCAGUUUGGAGCAGCUAACAGUCCAGCAGCUCAUAGACGUGUACCAGCAGCUGUGCUCAGAGUUCCCCAUUGUGAGCAUAGAGGACCCCUUUGACCAGGAAGACUUUGACGCCACUCAAGCCCUCUGCGAGGCUGGUUUCACCCAGGUGGUGGGAAAUGACCUUUUGGUCUCCAACGCCAAGCGACUAGCUCAAGCCAUUGAGAGGCGCACCUGCAAUGGCAUUGCCAUCAAGCUCCCCCUGAUUGGCACUCUGUCAGAGGCUCUAGAAGUGGCCAAGGCAGCAAGAGCAGCAGGGUGGACAGUAGUGGCAGCAGGGGGAUUGGGUCAGCAGGGGGACACGGAGGAUUGUCUGCUUGCUGACGUGGCAGUGGGCAUGGGGGCUCAGCGAAUCAAGGCAGGGGGAGUUUGUCGAGGCGAACGAUGCGCCAAGUAUAACCAGCUUCUACGGAUUGAGGAAGAGCUUGGAAACAAGGCCACUUAUGCAGCAACACUAUCAAAUGUGAUGCCACCUAGCAAAUGAGCAAGAGCUGGGUGCGAGAGUGGAGUUUGGGGGACCCGACUAAAUACUAUGCUCCGAGUGUAAAGCCAUGGUUUCAUGAAAGAUAAGAGAAAUUGGGUUAGUCGUAAGGUGUACCUAUUGUAGCACCUUAUCUGACAAAGAAAGCUUCGAACCCGUC